AUGUCGCGAAAGCACUUCUUUCCCAACCCCGAGGGCGUGGUAGUCCACAUGCUGCACUCCCUCGUCAAACGAAACUCCUUCAUGGGCCUUGACGUGACGAAUCGCGUCGUCUACAAUACUGCGCAUCCCCCAAAUCAGGUCACCAUCAUUUCUGGAGGUGGUUCGGGUCACGAGCCUGCAUGGUCUGGUUUUGUAGGCGAUGGCAUGCUGUCUGCUGCUGUCUGUGGUGAUAUCUUUGCAUCACCCAGCACAAAACAGAUCAUGGCCGGUAUCAGGAAUGUACCAUCGAACGAAGGAGUCAUUCUGUGCAUCACGAAUUACACCGGUGACAUGCUGCACUUUGGUCUGGCGCGAGAGAAAGGACAGGCGUUGGGAUACAAAGUUGAUGUCAUUUGCAUGGCUGAGGAUGCUGCGUUGGGGCGAGAGAAGAGCGGAAAGGUUGGGAGACGAGGCUUGGCCGGUAAUCUGCUUGUGAUCAAGCUGUCAGGAGCAGCAAGUCAGAAAGGAUGGGCUUUCCAGCGAGUGCGGAAAAUUGGAGAACUAGGCAACUCACAAUUGGUAACUAUUGGCGCAAGUUUGGACCACUGCCACGUGCCGGGACGAGAGGCGUUCGAAUCCGUACCAGAUGAUUCAUAUGUGGUAGGGAUGGGUAUUCACAACGAACCGGGUCUUCGAACAGUAACGCCCAUGCCAGCACCCGAAGACAUCAUCAAAGAAAUGCUAAGAUACCUGCUCGAUCCCAAAGACUCCGACCGCGCUUUCGUACCCUUCUCGUCCUCCGAUUCUAUCGUCAUGCUAGUCAACAACUUCGGCGGUCUUUCGAAUCUCGAGUUCGACGCUAUGGUCAACAUUGCUCUCCAAGUUCUCGAGUCAGAUUAUAAGCUCAAGCCUGUGCGCAUCUACGCCGGUGUUCUUGAAACGUCACUCAACGGCCAAGGGUUUUCAAUCACCUUGGGCAACAUGUCUGGCAUGGCGAAGGGCAUGGAGCUGACGGACGAGGAAGUGAUCGAGCUUCUUGAUGCACCUACAAAUGCCCCGGCAUGGCCAAAGAACGGCUACCGGCCCACAAAUUACAGCAAGGAGACGGAAGAGCUUCGCAAUAAGGCUAAUGCCGAGUACGAGAACCAAGCUGGCCGCGAUAAAGGCCCUGCGACUCCACCCUCCCUCAUCCCAGCUCUCAGGAAAGCUUGCAACGACGCACUAGCCGCGGAGCCUAAGAUCACACAAUACGAUCUACAGAUGGGCGAUGGAGACUGCGGUGAAGCCGUAGCUGGCGUGUGUAAGAACAUCCUAACGAAUCUCGACUCGGUAGAGAAGAACCCCCCAGCCGUCCUUGCACUCCUCGAGAGCGUAGGCGAGAACGUCGAAGACGUAGGCGGCUCGCUCGGCGCCAUUCUCUCGAUUUUGGUCACUGCCUUCACCAACGCGCUUUCCACCGCUACGCUGCAAUCCAAUGCCCCUCUCUCCCUUGAUACCGUGGCAAAGGCGGCAGCGCUCGCGCUCGAGAACCUCAAGAACUACACUUCUGCUCGGGAGGGCGAUAGAACCGUAAUGGAUGUGCUCAUUCCCUUCAUCAAUACUUUGGCCGAGACACAGGAUCUUGGUAAGAGCGUGCAGGUGGCUGAGCAGAAAGCACAGGAUACCGCGCUGAUGAAGGCGAAGUUUGGGCGUGCGACGUAUAUUGGUGAUGGGAUGGGUGAGGACAGGAGUAAGAUCCCGGAUCCGGGAGCGUAUGCUGCUGGUGUUUGGUUGAAGGGGUUGGCAGACGGGUUUCAGGGCGCAUAG